CAUCUCCAGAGGUCCCAUCCGACCCCUAUGAUUCUAUAAGCAGGCCCAGGGCUUAAAAAUGAGGAGUUAAUCAGCAAAAGUAAAUGAGAAUGAUCCAGAAGUUGUAUUUUGGUUGCUAUUUGAUUGGGUGGGGAACUGGUACAAUUAAUGCUAGAGAUUUUUGUUAUGUGAUGCGUAGUCCUGGGUGUGCAGUCUCAUGGCUGUGAGUGUGUCAUUUGGUGAGGUCAAAGUGAGCUCUGAAGGAACAACUUGGAGCUGUUCCUCGAGAUGAUCAGUGCUUGAAGCAAAGCUAUUUCCCCAAACAGAAGCCUCUGUCUGCUUAUAUGGUGUGUGGUUCCCCCCUCUGAUCAUACGUAGUUCACCAGAUUGAAGAAUGCCAUAACAUGCGUUUGAUGUAUUUAGCUGUUUACAUAUAACACUGGAUGCUUCUAGCCAGCUCUGCUGCACCGGCAAAUCCCCACUUAUAAAUCAAAGAUUUAAAAUAGCCCGACCAUCAAAGGAAUAAGGAUGCUGUCUGAUAGUGCACGAAUUAAACCCAAGCCGUAUCCGGAUAGCAAUGCAGUGUAUUUCUAGAACGUAAAGUGCUUUCAUAAUCAAGUUCUCCAGGGGUUGCAAAGCCAAAGCACUUCAGGCUACAACCGAAAGAGUAUGUUUUGAUUUCAGAAGAGGUUUUAAUGUGCUGUAUUUUCAGUCAGUUACACUCAAGUGAGAUCUCUUUUCUGGCAAAAACUUAUCUCUUUCCUAAUUGUUGAUCUUGGGUGAUCUGCCUGGGAACUGAGCAUUAUAUCAUUCCUGUAAUCCUCUUCAUGCAAACUGCAGUAAGAGGAUUUUGCAGGCUGGAUUUGUCUCUGCCUCCUUAAAAUACUUUUAUUGUUUUCUGGGAUGCUUAUGAAAUCCUGUACUGAAGAACCAGGUUGGGAGACGCAUCUAUUUGACUUCUGGUGAAAGGAUGGGGUUUUACACCUGAAGAGACAUACGUGCUCUCCAUCUAUGGCAAAACUAGUCAAGCAUGGGUGUCUAAUGAGCUUUCAGAAUGAAAGCAAUUUGUUGUGUGCUUGCUUGGAAUAAGUGUAUUUUACUGUGCUGUGUUUUUUCAUUUAGCGGCUGUGCCAUUGAAGCUCUUGAUCCCUCUUUGGCAAAGAUGCCAGCUCAUCUACAGCUGGUUCAUUUUAUUUAGCAAGCUUGCACAUCAAGUAGGUGGGAAACAAUAGCUAGAAAUAGAUUGUGCAGAUGAGAGUGAAAGAUGUGAUUUGGUCUGGCAGUUAAGGGAUGAGGAUUAAGUCAAGUGUGCCUGAUUCUGCUUGUUGUGCUGUCAAAGUGAAACUCAAUUAGACGUUAACGUCCCCUUAAUGAGAAUUUAUUACAAGCUGUUUUCUUUCCCCAGCAAACGUGCUUUUCAAAGUAGAAUUAAAAUUUGGGUUUUCUAAGGUAUUAAUGUCUUAACUAAUGCAGUAAUUAAAAGUCUUGGUUGUGACUGUAACUGCACCUCUACGUAUCCAGAGAUGCUGGAAUUGGAUGCCUGGUUGUGAGAAAUACUUAGCUGUCUGAUCUUAUUUCAUUCUGUCUAAAUCCUCUGUCACAAUGUUACGUGUUUUUUAUGGCUCAGCAGCAUGACAGAAUCAGAGGGGGGAAAUACUUUGAAGUUAAAAUGUUCUUAGUUCAAAUAAAUAUGCUAAACACAAAUUCAUUAGUGCAGCAGAAAUUAUUUAAAGCGGGGCUUUGCUUAGAGCUGCAGCAGUGUCUGACCUCAGUUAUGCUCUCCAUUCAUCUACAGCAGCUUCAGCCUUGUGUGGAACCUGGUGAAAGAACAUCAGCACCUUCUUUUUUCCCCAUAGGUGGGAGCCAAGGUGUCUUCUCAAGGUGUUGCAGAGAUGAUUUUAAGCCGGCAUCGAUUGAUACGUCCUGUGAAGGGGAGAUCCAAGUGGGUAAAGGAGAUGAUGUAACAAUCACUUUGCCGCAUAUUCCGGGUUCAACUCCUCCAAUGACUGUUUUUAAAGGAAAUAAAAGGCCCUAUCAGAAGGACUGUGUGCUUAUUAUCAAUCAUGACACUGGGGAGUAUGUUCUGGAAAAACUCAGUAGCAGCAUUCAAGUCAAGAAAACAAGAGCAGAGGGCAGCAGUAAGAUCCAAGCCCGAAUAGAACAACAGUCUGCCCGAGCAUCUCAACCUCCUCCACAGUUCAGAGCCCCAACCAAGCCAGCAACUGGACCUAAAACUUCUCCUUUGAAAGAUAAUCCUUCACCUGAGCCUCAACUGGAUGACAUUAAGAGAGAGCUUAGAGCGGAGGUUGAAAUCAUUGAGCAGAUGAGUAGCAGCAGUGGAAGCAGCUCAUCGGACUCAGAAAGCUCAUCUGGAAGCGAAGAUGAAAGCUCUAGCAGUGAGGGGGAAGAGCUGGCACGUGUUUCCCCUUCCCAGCCACCUCACCAGCAGUAUAACAAUAGGAAUGCUGUUGCUAACGGCACCAGCAGGCCACAAGGAAGCAAUCAGCUCAUGAACACGCUCAGAAAUGACUUGCAGUUGAGUGAAUCUGGGAGUGACAGUGAUGACUAGAGGCUGAGAUUUUUCCUGCUUCUCUUACAUAUACAUGAAGAACUAAUUUACCUUGAAGUGAUCAUAUCGCUUACAAAGAGGAUCUGGCACAGGAAUUCUUCCAUGUGUGGAAUUUUAAUAGAAGGAAUGUGUAACUCUGUAAAAUAUCAGAUGUUGAGGGCUGUUUUACCUUGCAAAUUGAGUGUAUAUUUUGUGUAUAUUCUUAUUCUUGAAAAGCUUUACAUAGGUAUGUACAGUGGGUAAGCCAGUAUGUGCCCCUAUGUUCUUAUCUGUUCAUUAUUUGUAAGCUUAACGUGUAACUUCAUCAUGUCAUCUGAAAAUUUCUUGUUUGUAGGAGAUAUUCAGUCCAUAGUGGAAGAUAUUCAGCCCAUUGUGUCUCUGUUGGGGGGCUUUUGUAAUAUAGGGUGAGCAUGAACCAACAGUGAGUAUUAAAAAAAACCCAACCAUGCAGAACCUACAGUGUGCACUGAAGUGGGACUGUUAAAAAUUAAGCUUCAACGCUAAGUUGAUUUAUUUGAUUUGGGACUUUUCUAAUGUGUUUUUAUUGCUAUUUAUGAUUGAUUUAAUGGACAUAACUUUUCAAUAGUUGGAAAGGAGAAAUUAUAAAACCAUGUUUGUCACAAACCUUGCUGCACCAGUGCCUUAUAAGCAGGUCUUUAAAUGGAGCUUCCUGCCACCUCUCAUAUAGGGAGCAAUACUGAAACCUCUUCAGAUUGCUUUUACAAAGAAGAGCUAUGUUUCACAUACAGGUCGGCUGUGCUCUGAGGGCAGUUAAUCUAGCAAGAUAUAGGAUAUAUGUCAGUCACCUGAGCACAUCCGAGUCAGAACCAGAUCAGCAUUUUCUCAUGCAACUGAAGCAUCUAAUUUUAUUCAGAUAUUCAGUCCUAGAAAUAUAUAGGAGCACAAUUGCCAAUGAAACUGCAGUGUCACAAAUAGGAGAUAAUGGACUUGCUGAAAUGGUCAGACCCAGGGCCUUGUUUGCAGUUUCCUAAAGGAUGCAGAAAAAGGAGACGACAAAGCAACUGUGGAACAGCACAACUCUCUCUCCCACCACAGCUGUCCAGGUAGACUUUAGUCCGUACUAUUUGUUGGACGGGAUCUCCGUGCUUGGCAGAAUUACACAGAACAAGAAAUGUUUGCUUACCAUGAAAUUCACCCCUGUUUAAGGGGGUUUAAAUGGUGCUCAGCUGGAUUAUCAUUAACUUUUUGCUCCGAUGGAAAUGAGUUCCGGGGCAGCCUCUUAAUCUUGAGCACAAGGCUAACUUUUUAAACCCCAAAUUCAAGUGAUAUAUGCUGAGCGACCCUGCAGUUGUGGUGUAAUCCAGUUGGAACUUAGACUGGAUCGGAUGUCUCUCCAUUCUUAAAUGUCUGCUUUGCACUGCUUUUGUCUGAUAGUUUGUGUUGUAACUCCUGUUUGUUUACCGAGCUCUUUCCUUUUAUUUUUAAGGUAUUGAAGAGCAGGGUGUCAUUGGAAGGGAGAUUUUAUUAAAUGGUUUAUUUUAAUUUUUUUUUGCAUUCAAUACGUAUUUAGGCAUAUUUUUGCAUUAUUGUACAUAACGUUUAAAAAAAUAAUUGUUUUUUUUAAAGUGUUUUAUGAUGUGGGUACAUAUUUUAACAUACAAUUAUGAAAUAUACUUGAUGUAAAGCAACAGCUGAUGUGAUUCA